AUAAACAUAUUUUGUUUAAUGCCUGCACAUUUACCAGAUAAGAUUUUUUAGUGGCGACCAUUAUUGUUAGUAGGGUAUAUAUACAAUGUGCAAUGCACCGGUACUCAAAGCUGAAGUUAUAUUUACACAUCCACAGAUGAUGUCAAAUUAAAAUAAAGGCGACAAUCACACAGCCUAAAGAUUUCUGAAUACUGCGUGCACAUCUUAUGUAGACUGUGUGCAUAUACGUUUCAAGACAGGACGUAGGGAAAUUAAUAUCGCAAGACAUGUACACAGCUCCCACAAUGUUUGAGCAACCAUUAGUAUCAAACACUUCCACUCAUGUCCCCAAAAAAACGAACACGAAAUGUUUCAGGAACAUAGCUUUCUUCCUAAUAGUGUUCAUGUACUCGGGUAUGAUGGUCAUCGUACUAAAGCCAUACAUGAAUCCCUUAACGUUGUACGGCAUUUUUAUGACAGGAAUAUUCAACAUUCUAUAUGGCUUGUUCUUUAUUAGUUUUAUUAGGUCCUCAAACACUGACCCUGGGUCAGUGCCUGCUAACUGGGGAUUCUAUAUGGGCGAUGAUACCAAAAGAAGGAGGUAUUGUAAGGUUUGCAAUGUAUGGAAGCCAGAUAGAACUCAUCACUGCUCUGCUUGUAAUCGUUGCGUCCUAAAUAUGGAUCACCAUUGCCCAUGGAUCAGCAAUUGUGUUGGAUUCUACAACCGAAAAUAUUUCAUGCAAUUGCUAGUCUACGCGGUAGCGGGACUUUGCUUCAUCGUGGCUCAUUCAGUAUAUUACCUUGUCAAUGAGUCUAUAUUCAUAGACGGUAGUCAACAAGAAAUUAAUGACGAAAAUUCUGGAUUAACCGCUAUUGCAAAUAUUUACGUUUGUGUUAUGGUUUUUGUAGGACUUGCCCUUAUAUUCGCGCUUAUACCUUUCGUACAAUUUCACUUCAGACUCGUACUCAAAAACUCCACUACCAUAGAAAACUUAGAUGAAGCAACUAAGGAUAACGGAAUAUACGACAUGGGCGUUGGAGCCAACCUACAGCAAGUAUUUGGAGUUAACCCUCUGUGUUGGUUUGCUCCGUGCAACUUGCCUCUUAACCGCCCUGUAGGAGAUGGUGUUAGAUGGACACAAUAUUACUAUGACAACAUACCGGAGGGGCCUUAACUUUUUUAAUAUUUUGUUACCCA